UGGAAAUCUGCACCCCAGAAGAAGCCUUCACCCUGUGAUCGAUAUAAACACGCUUGCAUUAUUUGUGGAGGAUUUGUUUAUCUCUAUGGAGGGCGAAACACCACCAGCCUUAGAGAUUUUUGGCGAUACAACAUAGGUGUGGUGUUUCCGGUUGGAUUGUUGUUACUGGAACAAAAGAGAAUUGUGCUUUGGGUUCAUGUAUAUGGAACAGUUGGGUUUCAAUGUAGGUAACAGUACAGCAUUAAAGUAAAAGCAGUAACAAGACCAAUUUCUGUUACCUGUAAUUUUGCUAAAUAGAAAAAUGCACAUAGCUGAUUUUGGGGAAGUUCCUCAGUCUUCUGAACAAACAGAGAGGAAAGAUGACAGAAGGCUUCAUUUUCCCCCAUUGAGUCUGGCAGCACAGCCAAAGUCAGAGCCGAUCUUUUCACCUUUUUCGUACUGUUUAUGCUGUUUUAACCUCAACUUUGGUAUAUAGUGAAAAAUGAAUGGGAAGUACUGGAUUGCUCACGAGAUGGUCCAGAAGAACUCGAAGAACAUUCAAUGGUGGCGUAUAAGGACACACUGUAUAUUUUUGGUGGGAUGGUGGAUUCUGCUUUCACACAAGCAAAAACUCCUCUCUGGAUAUAUGACACUGAUUCCGCAAGAUGGACAGAGUGCCGUAACGUACCAGCAGAGACUGAGAGCUCAGCACCAGCUAACAGAAAAGGUCACAGUGCAGUUGUGUACCAUUCCAGCAUGUACAUCUACGGGGGAUACUUUGGUAUCAGGGGCAUUUCACAGGAGUUUUGGACUUUCCAUUUUGAUACAAGAACAUGGUUGUGUAUUUCCAGCCCAUCUCAGAACACUGGCCCAGGACCUCGGCACGGCCAUUCAGCAGUGGUUUAUCAGACAGGCAUGUACCUCUUUGGAGGACUCAUGGGGCUGAGUGAACAGAAGGACUUGUGGAAGUGGGACUUUGUCAGCAGCAGCUGGUCCAGCAUCAGAACAAGCCAAGGACCUCCUCCAGUGGUAGGUCAUGCUUCAGUAGUCUUCAAAGACUCUAUGCUGAUUUUUGGUGGAGGGAUUUCAAAUUCCAGUCCUACUGAUGACCUCUGGAAGUAUCAUUUCCAUACACAGACAUGGAAGAAGCUUACUGAUACUACAAAGGCAAACUUUUCUCCUAAAAUGCAUCACUGCCUCUUAGGAAUUGGUGUUGAUUUCCAAACUACCUCAGAUUUCACUAAUACAUUCCCCAGCCAUUGGAAGAGUAAGCAGAAGGGCCAUCACCCGCUGGUGACCAUCCCAAAGCACACUCGCUUUUGCACCUACUUCCGCCAACAGCCUGCAUACCGAACGUUCAGCAACGAGGAAAGCAACGCAAUUGAAAUGAAAACCUUUAGCUUGCCGCUGGAGCCAGGGGGCUUUUGUGUAUUUCAAACCACUUCAGAGGCAGAGCGAGACUCAAACAGAGCAACAGGCAUUUUGUCACAGGACAAGUCUCCCCGUCUGUUUGUCUCUUCAGAGAGAGAGACUUCGGCUGCUCAGAUGGAGGGAGAAAAGGAGGGAACCGACUGUCAGCACAUGACUGCAGCGGAUGAAGCUAGCAGUGACACCAACGUGCUGCUGCUCAUUGGGGGUAAACCUUUGUCCAGCUUCUCCGAGAUCUCAUUCUGGGAAAUGGAGUUUGUUAGCUUGUGAUGGCUUUGAUUGCAAGUGAAAGAAUAAAUAUCCACCAGUGUGCCAGUAGGUGGUAAACCAACUGCUUGCUGCCAUCUUCACUUUCCUGCCGGCACACUGGGGAAAAAUAUUAAACCUUCUCAUACUCGCUGUGAACAGAUUUUUAUGAUGCGAACAAAACCUGACAUAACUGUAUGUCACAACUUGCAUGUAAGUCGCGCUUUCUGAAAAGAGCUGUUAGAAUGCUGCUCUUUUUGUUACUUUCCCUCUUGGUCACUUACUGUCCCCUCAGAUUAGAGGGGCUGAUGCUGCCUUGAAAAUCAGGGAACCCCAACUGACUCCAUAACUGCCAUUCAGACUCAUUUUGCACUGGCAUAAGAAGGAAAUACGUACCCGUGAAACUAUUUAAUACUUGAGUUUGUGCAUGUUAUGGUCACGUUUGAGGGACAUGAUGAAUCAUAAUAGCAGUAUUUUCUGAGAUUUUUAAGAUACUGUUUUCUUGAAAGAGUGUUCUUGGCACAAUGUAUUUGCAAUAUGAGAUGGCCAUGACGAGGAAGAAACCCAACAGACAAAUGAGCAAGUGAAAUCUAGAAGACAUUCAGGGAAGUGCAUCUAAACCUGAGGAAGUGAAACUGCAGGUUCCUCCUGGAAGAUCAUGUGCAGCUUCAUACCAGAGGAAGUACGUUACACCUGGAAGAACAACAUCGUUGCCCAGUGAAUGCUCUGUGCAAUGACUGAACACAGGACUGAAAGGGUUUGACUUUCUGUUAAGGGGAAAAAAGAGGAAGGCUUGCCAGGAGUGGCACAAACCAUAAGAUGUUCUGGCUGGUAACUCACAUUUUAGCCACAAAGGGAUUUCUGCUUUUCCAACUCCAUCUCCCUCUGUUUUGUCAACAUAUGCAGUAUUUGUUAUAACAUUACCCCUCUGUACCAGUAAAUUCCAAGUUCAUGUAUGGUUUGUUUUUCUUUCUGGAAAAGUGCUUUUUUGUGAAAGAUAAUAUUGUCCAAUGUUCCAAGCAUUUAUUUCCAUGGGAGUUUCUAAGAUACCGGCCUUCUGGCUGAACUUCAGCUUUCUGUAAGAGAGAUGCUGAUGUCUGAAGUAACUGGAAAGUGUAAUUCAAUACUUCGGAAUAUCUGAAAAGAUCACUUUUCAAAAGUUUCAUAGGAAUAAUGAAUUUUAAGUGAGUAUUUACAGCUACUUUUGUCGUCUCUUCACAAGAAGCUGUCACAUGAAUUCAAUAGCAACAUCAUAGAUGAGUUCGCAAAAAGCUGCUUAAGUGUUAUUGGGGCCUUCUGUGACCUUUGUUUGGGAACAGAGAGGACUCUAUGCUGCCAUGUGAAUAAGGCCGGCUGCACUUUGUAUCAGCGGGUGCUCCUUUUCUGAGCUUUCAUGAAUUUAAAAUAUGUAUUUACAUUUUCAAGAUGAACAAAGCACUUACCUUUCUGAAUAAAGACCGUGCUCUUGCAAGCCCCAGUCAUAUCUUGGCACUUCAGCCAGCCUCGAGGGCUGCCCAAGUAUUGAAUUUCUCUUCAAAGAACAGGGAAUCACCCAGUUAAAGGAGAUGUGUUCAAAAGGACUUCAUACUGCACUUGGGCUGAGCAGGCAGAGAGCUCUGCAGUCCUAAAUCAGCAGCACGCUCUUCUUUUGCUGCCGACACGUCUGUUUUGGCAUUAUCUCGAAAGCACUGCUGUAACAUCCAAACUUCUACCUGGGAGUGAUGAGGGAAGGAAAUAUAACCGGAAAUGGCAACAAUAAACCAGUGAUUUUCCAAGUCUCACAAAGGCCUCCUGGCAGGUACAGGUAUCCUGGGGAAAUGCAAGAGCCCCAGGAAAAUGCCAUCCAUCCUCUGCCAUUCUUUUAUUCCUCCCCGCCAAACUCCCUUCCCUUUGGCAGCCCCACAAAGGGUUUAGCAUUUACUUGGAGCCAACGCAGGCAGGACACGAGCCAGCCCGAAGGCGAUGGGUUGGCACAGGGAGGAAAAGGCAGCUUGCAGAACUUGCCCAUCUCCCCCGUUUCCUCCCCUCCCCUCGCCUCCGUCGGCAUGCCAAGUCAGGUGGCUGCACCAGCGCCUUCGGCACAGCGCCUGCUUCUUCACCUAAGAAAUCCUAAGCCUCUCAAACCGUCCCGAUGCCGCUGUUCCCAGCCCCGGUAUGGGGCACAAGGGGUGCAGGAACUCAGGGAGGGGCUGUGGUGGGAGAGGCGGGGCUCAGGGCCAAUAAGCCCCAAUAAUAUUGUGGAGUACAGAAGGAAACUCUACUCCUGAAAGUGGGAAUCUGUGCUACAGCAGAUUUGCUGAAGCCACUGGAGGCUACUUCUCCCCUUGCCGGCCCACUCCUGGGUCUUUAAGAGGAGGUUUGAGAUGUAAAGCUGCUCAGCGGUGGGAGUGCUCCUCUGCCUGGCACCUCGGUCCCUUCUAGGCACGCGUGAUGUGUACUUCAGGAGCUCUCCCAGAAACCUGCCAGCAGUACCCAGCCCUCCGCACACAAUCCUUGCUUGUACCACUGUGUUGUUUCCUGGGCCACCUUCCCUUUCAAACCUCAACCAGUGCUGCCAACUACACUUAGCAGGGUUCCCAGUGCACCUCAAGCAGUUUCAUCCCAUGUUCCUGGCACAUUUAUAUCCAACACAGUCACCUUUUCACAGAGGAGGAGAGCGCCUCUGUGGUUGUGCUCACGAGAUACUUCUCCACAACCGUAACAGUUAAUGAGAAUUCACCCCAGGCCCAGUUGAGCGACCAAAAUCUGCUGCAAUGUGAAAGCUCUGUGGUGGCCUGCACGAAAUAACCAAUGGAAUCACUCCAGCUAAUGGCAACUGUUUUGAAACAAAACAAACCAACCCAAACCACUUAAAUUUUGGCUGGGCAGGGACUGAAGAGCCUGCCACGAAGCUACCUGGUUUUAAAGUAUCUCUGGAAAAAAGGAAGCUUGCGUGGAUUUGAUGUGCCAAAGUCCAUAGAAUAAAAGCAAAAGGAUGCAGCUUUAUUUUACAACCUCAUCUGAGACACAAGACGCACUAUCGUAUCCCAAAUGUUAUGUAAAGGAGAGCAAAUCGAUUAACCUAUCUCAACAAACUGUCUUUAAUUACCACUUUUCUGAAUAUAACAAUGCCUGAAUCACAGAGGAAUUUUCUUUUAACAUGUAGACAUUUGAAGAGGUGCAUUUAUUUAAAUAUUAAAAAAAAUACCUAACCCUAACAUGUUUCAUUGCUUUGAGGUAGAAAGGGAUCUGAAGAACAAUUCAGUGGCUCAGCGGGGCUGCGGUUUGACCUACGCAGCAAACAGUGCCACAAGGGAAAUUUAUUCUCUGUAAGCUUCAUUAUUAGGAUGGAACUAUUUCAGUUCCUUUUAAUACUUUCCCAAGUUUAUUAAUUGUUGAGAAAUGAAGAUGACCAUAUGCUUUGGUUGCCCUUUGCUGCCUUUUAAGCAUUUCAUCAAAGCCAGGUUUUGGAAAGAAAUAGUUUCCUUUAAAGAAACACCGCAUCUCAAAACAUAAAGCAAUCCUUUAUUAGAAAUAAAAGCAAGAUUGCUCAGGUAACGGCAUGCUCUUCUGUCUAUAUUUUGUGGAAUUAACACUUAGGAGUUCAAAACGUCCUUUCUGGGUGUGCUCGGAACAGUGAUUUUUAAAACCACUGAAGACCUGACAGUCUGGAUAAUCUCUACUCUUUUGGAAAGAAAUCAUUUAAUUCUUCAGCAUCUGUCUGCAAGUUUAGAUACCGGCCUAAGCAACGUUGUAAUUGACAACGAAUUAAGUUUCUAAUGCAGCCUGCAGCUUUGUCAUCCCAACUAAGUUUACAACUCUCAUCCCAGCCCAGGAACCCUGCUCUUGUAUCAGAAGCUGCUCACGCUGAGCAUGAGGGAGCGCUCCAAUGUGUCUGCCACACGCCUUUGUCUUUGAUUUCAAAGGUGCAGAGCUCGCCAGCCUCGCGAGCAUCUCUCACGCCCCACAUCCCAGCCAACCCGCCCGUUUUUUACUACCACACCAGCAUAAUACAGUGGUGCUUAAAGAUGACUCUGUGAGACUUUUGCACUGAUGUGGUGUAUUUAAGACAAAACUACAGUAUAAACAUUUCAAGAUUGGGUUGAGUGGACUACAAGUCACAGUUUCUUGUUCCCAUUUACAGUUUCUAUUUCAAUACAGAUCUCAGUGCAGUGCCUAACACAGUUCAUACAUCGCUACUGUGAAACAGAAGCAAGAGGGUGCCACUUCCUUUUAUAAAAAAACAACAAAUAAAUUAUACAUCAAGAGCUAUUGCCGAGCUUUACAUAUAAAAUGUAAAAAUACAGUAGUUAGUGUGGCUUUAACAAAAAAAAAAAAUCUAGCUAAAAAAAUAUUCUUAUAUACUUCAAAAAUAAGUUUGUCCAGUUACAGGUGGGGGUGCAUGUGUGUGUUUACGAAGCAGAGCACAGUAAAAAGGGGUGAAUUUUGUAGGAGAAUCUUGCGGCUCCCUGCCACGUAGAGGCUGAAACUGCAGCAGGCGCACAGAGCCACUCGCUGCACCACGUGACAGAUCCUGGCUUUCAAGAGACUGUGCCAACCACUUGGAUCUCCCUCCUCAAUACUGAGACAAGACAGUGCAGCACGUAACGAAACCCAGUCUCUACCAGAAUUUCAGCACACCUGGCAGGGCCCUGUGCUUACAGCCAUGGUGCCGACACUCGAGCAAACCCACCCGGAUGACAUCUGCAUCCCCAAAAGGCCACUAGCAUGGAUUAUUCUCAAUUUUUGGUAUAAAAGUUGCGAUUGUCCAGCUGCAUUCGAGAGCUGUGAUGUCACUGUGUCCAACAGCCAUGUAGCUACACUACCACUUUCUGGACAAACGAACACUCUAUGUGCCCAGCGCUGUAAGUGCCGUCUGGCUGUGGAGGAGACCUGCUAACAUAUAACCUGCAGAAGAUUUGGGGUGUUCCAGAAUAUGUUCACAAUGUCAAAAAAAUAUCCCGUGCUGUCUAUGAAGGCCAUGCCGAUCCCAACAGUGCACUUCUGCUUCAAGACACGGAGCGAGCGAGGUGCAGACAAAGGGAUAAUGAGCAAGGGCUGGAAACGGUUUGUGGAAAGAGACCCCGAUGUAGCCGCGCUGCUCACCUGAGCACCUCUUCUCUGGUCCUGAUGAUUUUCUUGCCAAACUCAAAUGCUCAAAAAAUUGUCCAAAAUACAGCUCUUACACCGCUGUCUUUAACAAAGUAGAUGUGAAAUUUAAAAACAUAUUCAAACUAAUUCAUUAGCCAUGACCGAUUACCAGGUGAGCAGUUAUUUUAAGUCAUAUGACUUAAUAUUAAACCCCGUUGCCACUGAAGUAAAGAAUAGAUUCCUGUAACUCAGGCGUAAGAGGGCCUCAGCUCCCACAUUUUAGCACCUGUUUCAAAAGCCCAUCAGACCACUGCCACGUCCUCAGCCCAUGCAGACACUCUGGACUCUCCCUGAUGGACUCAAUGGGAAGGACUUGAAAUGCCCUCCUAAGACUCAGCAU